AUGUAUGGAAUUAACAGCCGAAGUGGUGGACUUCCUGCUUUAAGCAAUAUGCUUCUACCUCACAAUCCUUUUCUACCACAUAUGAGUAGUUCAAUCACUUUCCCAUGUACUAAUAGCAGUGUUUCAGGCAAUUCGAGCAUUCCUGGUGUUCAGUCAUCCCUUCCUGGAAUUCCAGGACCUAAUAACCCAGCUUUCCUAUCUGGUCUUGCACAAUCUCACCCAGCAGUUGCAGCAGUAGUGGCGGCCUUAGCUACUGCAGGUUUUCCUCCGGGAAACACAAAUCCUGCAACUAAUCCUUUAUCCGGUGAUCUAUUUAACAACAGCAGUAAUUAUCCCUACUCUCAAAUGCCUGCUCAUAUGAAUAAUAUAACCACAUCCUUACCGUCUGGGACCAGCGAUUGCUUAACAGGUGCAUCCAUACCAUCUCCCAUAUCUUCUAACACAUCCACUCCAUAUCAUGGUCCUUCUGGUUCUGGAGCUCACACUCCCUUUUCACCAACUUCAAUAUCCCUUCCUAAUCCAAACAAUCCCAGACCAUUAGUGUUUCCAUUGGACGGAGCAACUGAACAACUUCCAUUUCCUCCUAUGCUAUCUCCAGCUGCACUAUCAGCCAUUAUAAGUGACAAAAAUUUGGAUGAAAAACAAAGAACAGCAACAGCCGCUGCUGUAUCACAAGGUGGUCCACCUGGAGUUUUUGGUUUUCCAUUAAAUUUUGCCUCUGGUGGUAUGGUCAGUGGUAGUGGAAGCCUACCUGGUGUCUCACCAAUGGAUGCACAUAAUCUAGUGGCUACAAUGGCUAGUUUUGCUGCUCAGUCAGCUGCGGCAGCAGCCGCCGCAGGUAUGAAUUCUGAUAUGCAACAAGAUUGA